AUGAUCUGCAAUGCACCGUCUCUUCUCCUCCACCUAUUGUCGGUUCUUCUUCCCAUCCAGCUCAUCCAGCUCAUCCAUCCUGUGUCUGCCGUCAUUCCUUACAGCUCCUCCUACAUUUUACCUGCCCCCCGGCAUAAUGAAUCUCUCGCCUACGUGCUCCGGCCCAGCAGCAACUCAGACCGCAGGACUACCGAAUUCCUUUCCCUGGAUGUUUCUGGAGAUGUCGACUCUGCUAGCCCGCAGUACACUGUGCUGCUAGAUGAAACCCCCUUUCAAAGCGACGGCCUUGAAUCUUCCUUCAUUCCUGUCAUCGAUCGACAUGGCAUUGUCAAGGUUCAUGCAGGCAGCUGUCAGAAUGACUCAAAUUUGGGGGUCGUUUGGCAGUUCACGCCCGAUAAUAGCAGCUCUAUAGGCAAUGGUACAUGGCAGAAGCUUGCUGUGAGUACUGCUGAUGGAACAACCGACCCUAACCUCCAUGGGCCCAACUUCCUCGCUGCCGGGUUUACUUACGCGUCAACCAAUACCACUGACAGUUUCAUCUACACUUUUGGUGGAAUGUGUCCGUUUCACGACCAGUCUGGCCAGAGCUGGAUGUCGGCUGCUAGCUACUCCCAGUCAAUGACCGUUUUAAACUCCCUCGACAGUUCUCCCAGCGCCAACACUGCUUAUCGGAUUGCAACCACUGGACAUCGUGCACCUCCAAUUCCAGAGGCAGGAUUCACCAUCACUCCGUUGCAGGCUACCUACGCAGCUACCUCGACUGGCAGUACGAUACAACAACAGGAUUUUCUUCUUACUGGAGGACAAACCCAGCAGGCCUUUAUCAACAUGUCUGAACUUGCCAUUUUUUCUCUACCACAUGACAGUUGGAGUUUCGUCACGGUAGAAUCAGAGCUCGACGCAGGGAAAGCUGAACUGGCCCUCCGGGAUACCAUUACAAUUGAACCAAGAUCUGGCCACACCGCUGUCCUCACACCAGACGGUAGCAAGGUGGUUGUGUUCGGAGGCUGGGUGGGCGACUCCACUGUCCCUGCCAGCCCGCAGUUGGUAAUCUUGGAAAUUGGAAUGGAGUACGGGGGAUCUGGUCCAUGGACUUGGAAGAUUCCAUCCACAACCGGUUCUGGUCUAGCCGGAGGCGCUGGGAUAUACGGGCACGGUGCGACAAUGCUUCCCGGUGGCGUCAUGAUGGUCACCGGCGGAUACAGUAUAUCGCAGUCUUCCAAACGCUCUACAGCCAGGAACAAACAGAACUCGCAGGUCUACUUUUUCAAUACAACCUCAAACAGCUGGGACACCUCAUAUACAAACCCAAGCUAUCAAGCAGCUCGAGCAUCCAAGUCAAAUUCUAAGUCACGAAAAACUGGGCUCGGGGUAGGUCUUGGGCUGGGUAUACCUGCUGUUACUGGUAUAGCAGUUUGCGGUUGGUUAUACAUGAAAAGACAAAAAGUACGUCGCCGGAGGGAUAAUGAAUUGCGCAAGCUAGCCCUUGGGGCGCAACGAUCUCAUUUCUGGGGCCGGGAUGAUCCCAACAUGGCAAGCAGCAUUCGUGGUCCGUCAAUGAGAGGAAACGACUCCCCAAUAUCGUGGGCGAAUAGCCAAAGGCUUAGCUGGCAAGAUGCUGGCGAGGGUAGCGCUGAGCGUACUGGUCUUCUGCUUGAUAUACCCAGUCCCACGAAGAGUAGUCGACAGAGCUUGAACAAUAGAUCACGCAGGUACUCCAACUACAGUGAUCUCCGGAGAAGUGAUCCCGUUAGUGACAUCCAUCCUAUUGAUGAACGCGAAGAGGACGAGGCGGUUGCAACAGAGGACCCAGCGAGUCCCACCCAGCAAACUGACCAACAAGACCUUGAACGUGCGGAGUUUCUGACGCCUCAAAGCACCAAUAUUGGUAAUCGACUUAGUAUUCGUGCUGCGGCUCGAAGUAUGGAAUUUCGACCUAGCCUUUUGCCCCAGGGCAAAAAUGGACGAUCCUCUCCAGACAGAGAUAACCGCACGCCGUCAAACCUGUCAGAGGCGUCUGCCAAUUCAUCGUCGCCCGACCCGGGGGUUGCUCCUGAGCCCCGGUCUACCACCUUGGGUAUCCCAUCGAGCUCUUCGAAUAAUGGGCGCCAAUCGCCAGAAAAGCCCGGAUCGGCAUCCAUCCACAGCAAAGAAACUACGCGAAGCAGACCCGACAGUGCAACGAUACCAACCGAUAAACGCUACUCCUCGGAUUCCUACUCGACAGCACAGUCCACAUUUUCCCAUCGACAAGCUGAAGGAGAACGUCUGCUUGGUGAAGAUACUGACCUGACCAUACCCUUCGAAGAACCGAACGAACUGCCACUUGAAAUACCGAAAACACCGCGUAAAGUAUCGAUCGAUCUAUCGCCCAAAGUGGCUACCAUCCCAAAGCCCAAGACUCCAGAGUGGAUGGGAAGCAUUCGAAGAGUUCUUUCUGGCCGAAAGUGGAUACUAUCUGACAAGGACUCCGGGAUUGCACCCAUAGCUUCAGGGGUUGACCGCAGGAGCACGGUUCUCGGGUCGUCAAAAGCAUCUGAGAACUCUGAGAACGGUAUAGGAACUCCACGAAGAGCAGUUAGUGCAUCGGCUGAACUGUUUCGCCGCAAGCAAGGAGCAAAGGAUUGGGCAGCAACCGAUAGACCUUCAGGCGAGACCCUUUUCCAAACUGCUAGGUCCACGCGUGAUAAUGUCGCCCUGGACGGGCUGAUGGAUGCCGAAGAAGAUAGUGAGUGGGAUGUCGAGGGUGCAGCUGAGGGCAGGCGUGUUCAAGUCACCUUUACUGUCCCGAAAGAGAGGUUGAGAGUAGUAAAUGCUACAGCUGGAGACAUGGAUAAUGUAUCCGAGAGAUCAGCCAGUCGGAGUAACAGUGGCACAAUUCGCGAAAGGACAGUAAGCAGGUAA